CAUUUCAAUAAUCUUCUCAAGUCUAGGUGGUUUUCCAAUCAGUAUUUGCUCCAAUGGCUUCUUCAGCAAGCUUCUAUACACUGUUAUGCGCUGUGUUGCUCUCUACUGUAUUGCAUUGCCUUUUUCAUUUCAGCUGCGCAGAAGAGUAUAUAAAAACAAGGGCUACGUUCUAUGGAAGUCCGGACUGCCUGGGAACUGCUGGAGGAGCAUGUGGGUAUGGCUCGUUUGGGAGAAGUCUGAAUGGGGGAGAUGUAGCGGCCGUAGCUCAGCUAUACAGAAAUGGCACUGGAUGCGGAGCUUGUUAUCAGGUGCGGUGCACUCAUCCUGAGCUUUGCACAGAGAGCGGAGCGAAAAUCGUUGUAACAGACUACGGGCAAGGUGAUCGCACGGAUUUUAUUCUGAGCUCUAGAGGUUACGCAAAGCUAGCACACAGCGACAAGAUUAAAGAAUUGAUAUUAAUGGGUGUGGUGGAGGUGGAGUAUAAACGAAUUCCAUGUCAAUAUCCGGGAUACAAUUUGAUGUUCAAGAUCGACGACAGCAGCAACGUUCCCGAUUAUCUGGCUUUGCAAUUUUGGUAUCAGGCGGGUGAAAAGGACGUCCUCACUGUUGAACUUUGUCAGGAGCAAAGCUACGAAUGGAAGGAAAUGUGCAGAAGCCAUGGCGCCGUGUGGGACGUGGUGACGCCCCCCAAAGGAGCUCUCUCUGUUCGAUUUCUGUUAAGUGACGGAAUCCACGCUCCGGAAUGGAAAAUAGCGCCCAACGUGAUUCCCGUUAACUGGCAGGCUGGUGCACUUUACGACUCUGGCUUUCAGUUGGAUUGAUUACAGUCACUACUACUUUUAUCAACUCCAGAACGAAUAGAAGAAUUCAGUAAUAUAACAAAAUAAAAUAUUGAAGGCCUUCUGAACUUUGUAUUGUAUUGCUAUGGUAGAAUAUACAAAUAAAUUUCCAUUUCAAUUGUCCUUUGGUGGAUUCGAUUUGGAAGAUUCUCUCUGUUCCUCGUUGAGCUUUUAAGAAGUUUAAAUAGUGGGUUGAGUUGUAAUUUCAGCUUCAGUCCAAGCAAAAUUGGUCAAAUCAGAUUAGUUUGAAUGUAGUUUUCAGUCUUGUAAGGCUGUUAAAAUUGAUCAAGAAGGAUAGAAGUAGUUGGUUUUAUGUA